AUGGUGUCUGUCUGGAACAAGGGCGAGUACUUCCUCAGCGGAGUCGACGAGAGGGAGGAGUCCGUCAAGGCUCUGCUGAAGAAGUUUGGCUUUGUCCUCCACGAGCUCACCUACGCCAAGGCCAUGGCGGCGCGCUACCUGCCGCACCUGCCAUGGAGGGAGAGCCCGUGA